CCCGUGUUGCCAUGGACUACUGGUGACGAAUAACGAUGUAGAAAACGCUCGGAAAAUUACCAAAGUGAAAAUUGUGAGUAGUCAUAAUGGAGGACUAUGCGCCAAGCCGCUAUAAAAUGCUCGAGAAAAUCGGCGAGGGCGUCCAUGGGUGCGUGUUUAAGGCCAUCGAUCUGCAGCGCAACAAGGAGGUGGCCAUCAAAAAGGUGGCCCUCAAGAACAAGUUCGGGAACAUAGCCCUAAACACAUUGAGGGAAAUCAAGACCCUGCAGCUCUGCAAGUCUGAAUAUAUUCUGGACAUCAUCGACAUAUAUCCUGACCUUACGGGUCUCUCCUUGGUGCUGGAGUACCAGCCGGACACCCUGUACAAUCGGCUCAAGAGCGAGGUGAAUCCCCUGAGCCGCCAGCAGGUGCGCAAGUUUGCGCACCAAAUGUUCAAGGGGAUUGCGUACCUGCAUGAAGCAGGUCUGAUGCACCGGGACAUCAAGCCAGCCAACCUGCUGAUCAGCGAUACCGACAUGCUGAAGAUAGCCGACUUCGGACUGGCACGUCUGUACUUCCCUGAAGAGGAGGCGCGCCUCUAUUCGCCUCAGGUCUCAACCCGCUGGUAUCGGGCUCCAGAGAUUCUCUUCGGCAGCCAGAAGUACGGAACCGGAGUGGAUAUGUGGGCGGCAGGUGAGUCUUUACAUGUUGUUGAGUUGACGUGUAGAUUUGUAGCCAAAUAUUAUCGCUAUUCAGGCUGCGUAGUAGCGGAGAUGCUACGCGGAGUGCCUCUGUUUGCGGGCACCACCGACAUCGAGCAAUUGGCCAUCAUCAUUCGCACUCUGGGCAGUCCACGUCUGAAUCAGUGGCCGGAGCUGACUUCCCUGCCGGAUUACAGCAAGAUACGGUUUCCCAACUCAGUGGGCAUUCACUGGGACAACUUGUUUCCCAGCUGCACACAUGCGGUGGAAAUCAAUCUGGUCUCGAAUCUAGUGGUCUACAAUCCCAAAAACCGACUGAAGGCCAGCGAGGUGGGUACUGCUCCAAGACUAAGACCGGUGAGGUAGUGUAAU